AUGAUUAAAUAUUUACUCCUUUGUCUCAUAGCUAUCAUUGCAAAUGGAGCAGUAUUGGGUAUUGAUUUCGGAUCUGAAUUCAUCAAAGCAGUUUUAAUAAGUCCAGGCAAAUCUUUUACAAUCAUAGAGAAUACUACAAGUAAACGUAAAACAGAAAAUGCUGUAUGAUCAAUUAUUUAUACUUAAGAUUGCAUUUUAUAAUAAAGAGCGAUUGUAUGAGAGUGAUGGUGUUUCAAAAAAAUCCAAAUCACCUAAGAAUACAUUUACAUUCUUAAACAAAUUUUUAGGAGCAUUAGCAAAUGACGAAAAAAUUGUAGAAAUUUCUAAAUAGUCUUAUGAAGAUUUUAAAAUAGAGAUUGAGGAGGUAAAGAUUUAAACAAUAUAAUUUUAGAGAGAAGGAACAUUUGCUUUUGAAGUUGAUGGUGUAUUGGUAGAAGGAAAGGAUACUAUGAUUGUAAAGGUUGAAGAAUUAGCAGGAAUGGUUCUUAAAUUUAUAGCUAAGUUAGUAGAUUUCAAUCAUUAAAUCUAAAUUAAAGAUGUUGUAUUGACAGUACCAAGUGAAUGGAACAUAAGUUAGAGAUCGUAAUUAAAAAUUAAAUAUUUUGUUUAGAGCAUUAAAAUCAGCCGCAUAAUUAGCAGAAUUAGAAGUUUUAGGAAUUAUCAAUGAAAAUACAGCAGCUGCUUUGUAUUAUGCACUUGAACGUUAAGAUGAAAAUAAACAUACUGCUUUAUUUUAUAAUAUAGGUUCAUAUAAUAUUCAAGUUUCUUUGGUGGAAUUCUAAGCUAUUGAUGCUCAAAAGAAAAAGAUUGAAACUUUAAGAGUUCUAGCUGAUUAUUCUAUUCCAAAUGCAGGUGGAUAAUCUUUAGAUCUUUUACUAGCAAAUCAUUUUGCCAAAGAGUUUGAUAGUUAGCCAUCAAGAUAAGGAAAGAAAUCAAUAUUUACAAAUUCUAGAGCAAUGAAUAAAUUAUUGAAGGCAUCCAAUAAAUAUAAAGAAAUAUUAUCAGCAAACAAGGAAAGUUAAGUUUAUUUGGAAGGUUUGAUUGAUGGAGAAGAUUAUACUACAUAAAUCUAGAGAUCAACUUUUGAAUCCUUAUUUGAAGAUAGACUACAACAAUUAAUUGAUCCAAUUAAUUAUGUUUUAGAAAAAUGUAACAAAACUAAAGAAGAUAUUAAUAUUGUUGAAUUGAUUGGUGGAGGAAUUAGAGUUCCUAAAAUCUAAUAGACAUUAGCUAAUUAUUUUGGAAGUGUAGAAGUAGGAACACAUUUAAAUGGAGAUGAAUCUAUGGCAUUUGGUGCUGCAUUCCAUGCUGCUAAUCUGUCUCAUUCCUUUAAAGUUAGACCAAUUUAAUUAACUGAUGGUUUUAGUUUCAGUAGUUCAAUUGAAAUUAAUGGAGUUAAUGAUGAUGAUUAUCAUAAAGAAUUUUCAUUAUUUGGAUAUAAAAAGAAAUAUGGAAGUACUCGUUCUUUAGAAUUCACUUAUGAUAAGAAUUUAAGAUUAGAUAUUUAUGUAGAAAAAGAUGGUUUAAAAUCUAAAUUAAUGUCUUAUCAUUUAAAUAAUAUAACUAAUGCCACAGAACUCAAUUUCACUAAACCAGAAAUCUCUCUUACUUUUAAAUCCACUUCACAUGAAUUUAUUAAAUUAGAGAGUGCUGAAAUGAAAGUUGAAGAAAUUAAACUCAUUGAAAUUAAACCUAAUGUUACAACAACUAAUACAACAUCAUCAUAAGAUAAAACUUAAUCUACAAAUAAAACUGAAACUAAAGAAAAUGAAUCAACUGAAGAGGGUGAUCUAUCUGAAGAAACAGAAUAAUAAGUAGAUGAAGAAGUUUAAAAAACAGAGGAACCACCAAAAAAUGAUGAACCUGUAGUAGAAGCACCUUAAUUCAAAAAAUAGAAAAUUAUUCAUACAUUCCCAAUUAAUUAUACUAUUACUCAUCAUUUUGUCUUGGGAUUAAAUUAAUAAGAAAUUGAUGAAUCUAAAAAAAUUAUUAAAUAAUUUGAAACUGCUGAAGAAAAUAGUAGAAAAUUAAGUGAAAUUAAAAAUAAAUUAGAAUCUCUUAUUUAUACAGUCAGAGAAGUCAAAGAUGCUGAAUAUUUCUAAAAAGCUUCAACUGAAACUGAAAGAAAUGAAAUCUUAAAGACAAUAGAAGAACAUGCUGAAUAUCUUGAUAGUGAUGAGGCAUGGACAGCUGAUUUUGAAAAAUUCAACACUAAAUUUACUUAAUUAAAUAAUAUGUAAUUAUUAUAUCUUAUUAAAAUAGGUUAAAACCAAUAUAAGUUAGAUUAGAUGAAGCUAAAGCUAGACCUUAGGCCAUUAAUGAAACAAUCACAAAAUUAACUGAUUUCCAUAAAAAGGCUAAUUCACUUAAUUCAACUAUGCCAUGGGUUCCUGAAGAGAAAAAAGUUAAAUUCUUAGGACAUCUUACAAACACUACAGAUUGGUUUAAAUCCAAAUUAGAGGAAUAAGAAAAGAGGGAAUUGCAUUAAGACCCAGCAUUCUUGAUUGAAGAAUUGAAGAAAAAAAUGGAUAAAGUGAGUGAAGAAUACACUAAAAUUAAAUCUAUUUCUAAACCUAGAAAAGUAUAUAUAAUAAUUAUUAUAAAAGACUCAGGAAUAAAAAGAUGAAGAAAAAAAGAAGAAAGAGGAGAAAAAGUAAUAAAAUAAAAAAGAUUCAGAAUCUGAUUCAACAAAAGGCUCAAAGCAAGAACAAUAAAGUUAAUAAGAUGAAAAAGAAGAAUAAUAAAAUUAAUAAUAAUAAGAUGAAAAUUUUUAAGAUUAAUAGGAUAGUCAGACCUAAGGAGACGACGAUCCAACAAUUGAGGAUUUGUGA